CCCUUUUCUCCCUUGUUGCAUUGCGUCCACAUGCAUGGCUCGUACAGUUAUGAGAGCUCUCUAAGCCGAUACCAAAAUGCUCACACACCUUGAACGUGCUGAGAAAAGACAGAUCAGGCAGAUCAACCAGAGAGGUGCGUUCACGUUCAGCUUGAUUGUGAAAUCAGCAGCAGUCAGUCACUGUGACGGACCGUCAUGCCUCACGGAGUCCUGAUCCUCCUGCUGCUAAUGGGAUUCCACGGUCAGCUGACAGGGACAGGCUGUCCUGUUAGUCCAGGAGGGUUUAAGGAGAAUCCGCCUGUAGAAGCAGUGAACGGCAGUGAUGUUAUUCUCCCAUGUCUCCCUGAGUUCACUGUCAGAGUGGACCAUGAUAGACUGGAGUGGAGUCGUGGUAACGAGGACAUUUACACCAUCAGAGGAGGGUACAGUGAUGGCCUGUAUAAACACUCAGGGAGAGCAUCUGUUUCCAGAGAAGAGUUUCAGAAAAGAAACGCCUCACUCAAACUCUUCAGAGUGUCGGAGGCAGAUGGAGGAGAGUACUGCUGCUGUCUUCAUCUGGACAGUCCGGAUGAGAGGAAAUGCAUUAAGCUGAUUCUUGUUCUAAAGAAAAAGGGAGGAGACUCAAACGACCACAUGGAUGUAACAGGACGCUCAGGGAUCAUACAGGCUACUGCUAACGUCCAGAGUAACACAACCAAGUCAUCAGACACUGAUACUAACGAGGUUUGGAAAAUAGCUGCUGGAGUUAUUGUUGCUGUUCUUGUCCUUGUCCUCUUUGUGCUAUUGAUGAAAAAGAAAUGUGCAAAGCGUUUCUGUUUGUCCCAAGUGUUUUUGUCUCUUCGACGUCUCAGUCAGUCGCUGAAUCGAGUCAGACGUUCAGCAGCAGCAGCAGCAGCAGAGCCGGCAAAUGAAGCCGAACUGGAGAAUCUGAAAUGAUGAGUUACCACAGAGGGAGGAUGAGGAGUUGGAAGAACAGACGACACCCAAACACACACAGAGAACACUUCAAGAAGUUAAGGUCUAGAAAGUAUUUUGCACACAGUGAGGAAGUUUAUAUUUUUACAGACACUUUGACAAGACUGUGCACUUUGAAAGAUGAUGAAUGUGAAGAAGCUGAUUCACCCAAAUAACAUGUAUUUGUUCCUGUACUGGUAACAGUGUGUAAUCUGUGCAUUAUCCAGAGUGGUCGGGAACUUUUCCCUGGAAAGACACACUGUUGAUGAAUUUUAAUAACAGUGGUUUUAGAACCACAAACACAUUGCGUUGUGGUGGAAACUCUGACUUAUAUUUUAAACCCUGGACAAAUUAAUGUUAUUUGGGAAACUACUUUGUAUUUUUUAAAGUGUUUUUAAUGUAUUAACCUGGAAUAUCAGAAUGUAUGGUUUUGCACACAGCAUUUAGAAGUUUUAAAAGCUUAGUGCACAGCUAAGCAAAUGUCAUGAAUUUGAUGAAUUUAGAUUCCCAAUAAAAAAAAGACCUACAACUCAGCUUUGACUUGAAACGACACAUUAUGCUCCCCCAAGAACAGACGAGUCGUUUGCACUCAAAGCUCAAAGAGCAGGACUUUGACUUGACUUUGGCCUUAGAUGUCUUGAUACUGGACUUGACCUGAGGCUAAAUGAAGAUUUAGUCCCACCCUGCAGCUGAUUAUUGUUCGUCCUUGUUUAUUUUGGGCUGUGAAUUCAAACAGUUGGUGGUAAAGGUAUAAAAAAUGUCUCCCUGCAAUAUAUAUGAAAUUAGUAUAUGAAAUGUUAUGUUACAGUUUUUCUUGUUACAGUGCUGGGUGUGUGUGUGUGUGUUUUGUUUUUUUAUGGUAUUUACCCUGCACCAACUGUCACAUCAGGGUAGCAGUAAUGGAGAGCUGUGGUUGAUGCAGCCAGGCAGGUUUGCAGCACCUGGGCUGGUUGUGCUCUGAAGGGAAAAGCCCAGCAGCACUUGUGUUUACCCAUACAACACCCCACCUCCUGAUGUUCACACAAAAACAUCCACAUUACUGAUGAAACUGACUGCUCCAUACUAACAGAUAUCUCUGUCUACCUUUGGUACAAUAAAUAUUCACAUUUGGCAUCA